CAUAAUUUGCCAGCAUAUUAAUGCUUCUAGUAUCGAAGACCUCAGACAGCUCCGCAACUACCUGUUGAUUCUUAGGGCCUGGGAUGGAGGUUUUCAUAGUUGGUCCAGCAGGCUCGUUUGGGAAGAAUGGCUUGUCUGCCGCCGCACUGGCUCGCAGGUGCCGCGUGGUUGCAAAUGACCGUACCGAUUGAAGCCGUGGAAGAGCUCUCAAGCCUGCGACUGAUCGAGAAAUGGAGGCCAUUGUAAGGAUGAGAAGGGUAGAAGGAAGACCUAGGUUUAGAAAGCUAAGGUUCCAGAUGGAUCACUUCGCUAGCUGGCCAGUCAAUAGCACAGUCUACGCUGCAGCUCUAUAUGACGGCUGCAGAGCUUGAUAUCAGAGAUAUCAAUGCUAUGGUACAGAGUACAGAGGCAGAAAGGAGAUAUUAAAAAUGAAAAGAGACAAUGCGCGCCGCUGGAAGAAGAACUGGACGAAGAGGACGGAGGACGAAGAGGAAGCUCUGGCAGAUAUUAAUAUGAAAACAGGUCAGGUUGCCCAAAGUUCCUCCGCAGCUCGGCUUCCCACUCUGCCUGCGAGAGGCUCGCCAGCUCCUUCCCUUGGGGGGAACCCCCGUGUGCCGAAGCCUCGAACUCUCACUGUUGCCACGCGCUCCCCGCAUUUGCUUGCCCUCAGCCCCAUCGGCGACUCUAGCCAAUCAUAUCCCGAGAUUGCCUCCGGGUUGGGCCAUUGCAGCGUCCAGAAGGGGUUUAGCACGACCAGACCCCGGGCUCCCGGACCGCAGAAUAUUCCGGUUGAUCAGGUUUCUUCCCCCGGUUUCCAAGGUUGCUGCCCUUGCCAUUGGGCCCCAGAACCCGCUGGCUGCAGUUGUGACACAAGUUCCCAAAGCGUCCUCCGUACCCGUUCAGAGGUAGCUAGCUAGCUGCUUUGAAAAUCAUAUAGAUCAAUUUGACAAUAAAAUUCUCGGAGAACAAAGAGAAGAUAGGGAAAACAAUAAAAAAAAAAAAUAAAAAUAAAAA